AUGGCGAUAAACAUCCGCCGAAACAACCGAAUAGUGCCGCCUAUAUUCUGUUUCCUCACACUAUGCCUCUUGUGGCAGCUUUUAGAUUUUAAUGGUGCGACGCUAUUAAAAUCUAGUCAGAUUCAGAUCCAGGCAGCGGGCAAGCCGGCGCCUUUGAAGCAGAAUCCGACAGAUGGGACGCGGCAACAAGCCCAAACGCCCGGGUCCGACUCGGGAACGACAUCUAAUCUGACCAGCGACGAUGUGCUGCUCAUCCUAAAGACGGGCGGGACCGUGCUGUGGAGGCGGCUGCCAAUCCACCUGUCGACGACGUUUGCGCCGGAGCGCAUCGGGGCAAACAACUCGGCCAUCUACGCCGACGUGGACGCCAGGCUCGGCCACCACCAGGUGGUCGACGUGCUGGCGUCUCUGCCGCAGACGCUGCGCGACUCGCCGUCGUUCGAGACGUACCGCGAAAUCCGCGACUGGCACGCCACGAACCACUACCUGGAGCAGACCGGGCUGCCGGGCGACGUGGGCACGACCGAGGGCCCGUCGGGCGGCUGGCGGCUCGACAAGUACAAGUUCCUGCCGCUGAUGCAGCGCGCGGGCCGGGACGCGCCGCACGUCAAGUGGUACGUCUACACCGAGGACGACACGUACCUCUUCCUGCCCAACGUGCUGCGCUACCUGUCCCGCUACGACCACACGCGCCCGCACUACCUCGGCGGCCUGGGCGAGAUGCUGGGCGUGACGUUUGCCCACGGCGGCUCCGGCUUUGCGCUCUCCCGCGGCGCCUGGGACCAGUCGUUCGGCAAGGGCGGGGACCUGGUCGCCAAGUACGCGUCGUUUGUCGACGAGUCGUCCUUUGGUGACUAUGCGCUCGGCAAGGUCCUCAACGACUACGGCGUGUACCUGGGCGACGAGGUGACCAACGACAGGAAGGAAGGGGGUGCUUGGGGAUUCAACGGCCUGCCGCACUGGAAGAAUGAGUUCUCGGCUGAAAACUGGUGCAAGCCCGUGCUUUCCUGGCACCACGUCCACAGCCGUGAUAUUGCCAUGUAUUACGAGCUGGAGAAGUCGUGGGAUUUUGAGAAAACACUCACGUACGGCGACUUCUACAAACUCGCCAUCGCGCCCACGCUCACCAAGCGCAAGUCGUGGUGGGACAACAUGUCGAGGCGCCACCAUCUCACUCCGCAGUCGGUCGCCACGGCAGAGAUACCCAAGGACGUGCGUGACAGCUCCUCCUGGAUGCAGUCGUGGAAGUCGGACAAGCUGUGCGAGGCGGCCUGCACGGAAUGGAAGUCGUGCGUGCAGUGGUACUAUUAUCAGUACGAAUGCAAGCUGGACGACAGGUUCUGGCUGGGUUUUGGGUACCCCGAGACCUCGAGGUAUCGCAAGGAGAAGCUGGAGUCGAUUAGCGGCUGGCUGCCUGAUAGGAUCAGCGCGUGGACCUGUACAUGA